CAUUCAUACAACCUGCAUUUAAGCACAGGUGCUGCUAAUAUGUCAUCACUUGAGCCUCUUCCUUUGCCCGAAGGCAUCGAAGAAUCAUACAUUGAUUGCAACGACUCCUGUGGCCUGGUAUUCCACGUCAUUUCUGCUGGCCAAAAGGACAAGCCCUUGAUUCUCUUGACGCAUGGUUUUCCAGAGCUCGCCUACUCAUGGCGAAAAAUCAUGCCGGCACUGGCAGCCAAGGGCUACUAUGUCGUUGCACCAGACCAGCGCGGAUAUGGCAGGACCACAGGUUGGGAUACACGACCAUUUGAUGAGGUCGACUUGAACCAAUUCACCAUGACAAACCUUGUGAGAGAUCUCGUAUGCUUGGUCUACGCAUUGGGCCACAAGGUAGUGCAUUGUCAUAUCGGACACGAUUUCGGUGCAGUUUCCAGUGCCAUGGCGCCUCUGAUGCGACCUGAUAUGUUCAAGAGCUGUGUCCAGAUGUCACAUCCCCAUCAUGCGCCUCCAACCCCGUUAUUUGAUGUAAAGGCUUCAGGAAAACCCAUCACGAAUCCAGGAUCCACUUCGGAAGCUAAGCCAGAUACACAAGCCGAACUUGCGAAACUUGAUCCUCCUAGGAAGCACUACAAAUGGUACAAUUCGACCUCGGGUGCUGCAAAUGACUGGGAAACGCCAUCGCAAGGACUACACGAAUUCCUGCGAGGAUACUGGCACCUCAAAUCUGCCGACUGGCCAGGCAAUGACCCGACACCUCUAAAGUCAUGGUCAGCUGCAGAACUGGGAAAGAUGCCAAACUAUUAUAUCAUGCCAAAAGACACCAGUAUGCCAGAAACAGUGGCCAGCAUGAUGAAGGGCGAAGAUGAAACAGCAACGACGAGAUGGCUAUCCGACUCGGACCUCGACGUCUACGUCAAGGAAUGGCAGCGUAUUGGCUUUCAGGGCGGAUUGAAUUGGUACAGAGCGCAGACAAGCUCAUCAAAAGCACAAAAAGCGGACAUGGUGUUGUUUGCAGGCAGGAAGAUUGAGGUUCCUUGUGCUUUCAUCAGCGGCGAACAGGAUUGGGGCAAUUAUCAGCAGCCUGGUGCUCUAGACGGCUACAAGGAGAGUUGUGCGGACUUCCGAGGUAGCACGUUCAUUCCACAUGCGGGACACUGGGUACAGCAAGAGCAGGCUGAGAAGGUUAUCGAGGCGGUGUGCAAGUUUCUUGAUGGACUGUAGGAUUGUAGAUUAAUAGAGGUCAUCGGGUCUUGAUGUGCAUAAAUAUGCAUGAGCGUUUCAGCACAUGCUAUUGUACAUAUGCGACUCGGGAUAAAUGACAAUGAUGGGUGCACGUGCCAAACGUCGACUUCGCU